GACGUCAUUAAUGCAUUAUGAAAUUAUGUGGUUAAAAGGGCGCAUCGUGCAUGCGCGCGCCAUCAUGCAUGUUACGACUAAUAUGGACUAGCUUGCCUGCGUGGCAUGCAAGCGCAGAUGGGGAAUAGCUUACGAAUCGCCCUUAGCGAACUUUCUAGCAGACUUGGCUUCUCAGGGGAACCACCACCUCCUCCACCCCUUCCCCCACAGUCCAAAUCCCGCUCCAAGCGGACUCAAGGUGGCCGACGGCGUCGACGGAGGAGCCGUUUAGAUGAAAUCCGUCAGGUACAGAGCGAACACGGCGGCGAGAGGAAGAAAAAAAAAAGAAGGCCUAGGGAUGAACCGGAGAAGUCUGGGGAGAGGCGAAGACGACGACGGAGGAGGCCUGAGGAGGAGGGCGUCGAAAAGGCUGAAGGGAGAGAAGUACCACAGGGAGCUGAGCAGGCGACAACCAGCGCAGGCUACAAGCCCACUACCCUUCCUACCCUAUACAAAAUGUUCAAGAAGCCGAAACGCGAAGGGGCAACACAGCCAUCCCGCAAAUAUAGAAAAGAUUUCCUGCGUAACCGCUCCUGGUGUAUGGGAAUGGACGAGGAAAGGCUGGGUGAAACAUUUGUGAGCGAGACCUCUGACUCAGGAUCUGCAGAUUAAGGCCUUAAAUUUGUUUUUUUAAACAUUUUCGGUAUAUUUUGUAUGCUACUUUCUUGAAAUGAUUGACCAUAAAUUAAAGAUGUAACGUUUUGGGGAGCCGGCCAAGAUACUUGGAAAAAUUUCAUUAUUAUAGUUAAACAAGACCCCGUUCCUGGGUCUCCUGUGGCUGGUUUGGAGGCUCGGUUGACUUCACAUCAUCAACCACAGGGAACCCAAAACAGCACAGGGAACCCGGUAAGAAUGGCAGAGUACAGGGUGCACUAAAAAGCUAUGGAAGGACUGGUUGUAUUGGCUUCAUGAGAAAAGCCCAUGACCUUCAACCAAGAUACUUUUAUUUUAGAAUUCUAAGGUGGAUUUUUAUUCCCACUCUGAUUGGUUAAAAACAGUAUUUCUGUGAGAUUCAAUGAUACACAGACAUGAAGAAAUACAGGACCAUUCGUAAUAAUCGGUAAUAAUUCAACUAGAGGAUUAAAAAAUCAAAACAUCA